AUGGAUACUAUGAAUGAGGAGGCAAGGAUAACACCUCCCCCACCCCGACCCGAAUCUCUAAGUGAACGAUGCCAACAGGUUACAUCCUCCCCACCCCCACAACACAAGGUUACACCUCCCCUCCCUUCACCAAAGGUUCCCCCACCUCAACCAAAGGUUACUUCUCCACUUCGUCCCCCAUCCUUACCCAAAGUAACUUCUCCACUACCUCCCCCAUCCCCACCAAAGGUAACUUCUCCCCUUCCUCCCCCAUCCCCACCAAAGGUAAUUUCUCCCCUUCCUCCCCCAUCCCCACCAAAGGUAACUUCUCCCCUUCCUCCCACAUCCCUACCAAAGGUUACUUCUCCCCUUCCUCCCCCGUCCCCACCAAAGGUAACUUUUCCCCUUCCUCCCCCGUCCCCACCAAAGGUAACAACUCCCCUUCCUCCCCCAUCCCCACCAAAGGUUACUUCUCCCCUUCCUCCCACAUCCCCACCAAAGGUUACUUCUCCCCUUCCUCCCCCGUCCCCACCAAAGGUAACAGCUCCCCUUCCUCCCCCAUCCCCACCAAAGGUUACUUCUCCACUCCCUCACCCAUCCCCACCAAAAGUAACUUCUCCACUCCCUCACCCAUCCCCACCACAGUUUACACUUCCUCGAAGUCCCCAACUUUGUGUUGAUCCUAUUGGAGGUGCAAACAUGGAAGCGGUGGUUAGUGAAUUAAUGGCAUCACCACUACCCGGGAGUUUGGAUAGGGAGAGAGGCAAAGAUAUUGUUUGCGGUUUGUCAGUCGUUUCCCCAGGAGAUGAUAUUGAGUGUGACAACAAGAUGGAUGGGCUCCUUGCUUCAAGCGCCCUACUUUUUCAGAGGUCUCGUCCGCGUCGUGGGAGGAAAAAGAGGGUUGCCCUAGCUGAUAGAGGUCGUGGGUGGUUUACAAGUGAAAUAAAAAAAUUCAGCUAUAACCUUGUUGAGUUUGUCAACCACAAUGGUGGUUUACUUUCGGGUCGCGGUAAUUUGAAAGGAUUGAGCCUGAAUGUGAUGAUUAAAUGUGGAGAUGGGAGCAAUUGUAACAUGCACCAGUGCAAAGCAGUGGCACAGCUGAAUGGUUGUGUUCAUAAGCAGUAUGUGGACACGGUUGCAAAACUCUACAAUUCCAUGUGGGCUGGCAAAUAUUUAGGGAGGAGUAUGCGGUACAUGUUGACCUCCGUGUUUUCGGAAAAGGUAAUGAAAUUUGCUGCAGACUGCCGUGAUGGUGUGCAUAAUUCCGCGGUAGAUCGGAGUAGAUUAGCAAAUUGGAUGUCAAAGGAGAGGGAAAAAAUGAAGGUAGCAUCCCAUUUAGGAGAAGAAGAUCAGCACACCGAAACCGGUACAGUUUUUUCCAGAAUAUCGGAGCUUAUUGGGGUUGACAAGCUCCUUUUCGGUGGUGAAGAUGGAGAUGGUUGGGGCGAGCUGCUUUCGUGGGAAAGGCGUCGAAUGGAUAUAGACAUCCAGAAAGACACCCAUAGUUGUGGUGUCCGGAUGCUGCUAGCUAUUAAGGACUUCGCUAAAGGAUACGAGUCGCUCCGCAUAACAGACUUGGAAGAAGCGCGACGGUUGUUGUUGACCCAGGAUAUUCUUUCCCCGUUCAAUCUGGAGCGGGAUCGUAUAAAAGAGCUGGUGAACGGUGCCAACAGGAAAAAACUUUAA